AUGUUUCACGUUGAUAGCCGGUAUUUUAUUUCCGAGGCCGAGGUAGACCAAUUCAAGGAUGACGUUCGGUGUCGAACCGGUGAAUCCUCCACGGUAGAAUCAACGAUAUCGAGCACUUGCACAGAGAACUGGACUGCAGCCAAGGCUGUGGACAAUGAUAAAAUUACUGUGUUUGACCAGACAGGGAUUUUUCUUUUAGCGUGUCGUCAUGGGCUCAUCGAAAGUGUAACUGAAAUGAAACACAGCGGUGAACUCGCAAAAUAUGGUCUGGCCACAGUCAACAGACUGCUCGACGUCUGCGGCGCGGAUCAGGCUAUCGGACACGAUAUUGCAUGCUCAUCUUGCAAAACAAUCGCGACAAGUUCUAUUGGAGUCAAGGCAGCUGGACUAAAUCUACAGGUUGUUGUAAACGCCUUCCACAGCUUUUCUCAUGACCGCCGCUGCGCAUUUCUUUACAACAACUAUGUUCAAGCUCUUCAGAUCAUUGAGACCAACACACCCGUCCUCGAGGAAUUCAAGCAGCUCCAUGAUCUUACGGAUGCAGACUUCGUAAACUGGCGAAAUGAGGAGUUUGAGUAUCUCAGCAAGGUUGCUACGGAACCUACUUCGGAUGCAAUUGUAGUGGCUUAUGUUGAACAGCUUGAGAAGCUUCAAUAUGCGGAAGAAACAUAUGGCCGUCUUACUUCCGUGCCCUUUCUGACGUACACUCCCACAAAUUUCACUCGCACAUCUGGCCUCAAUGCCACCGCUCGCAACAAUUCCGGAGCAUUCGAAUCUGAGCAUGCAUCUGCGCUAUGCAAAUAUGAGCUGCAAUUGAAUGUUGUCGAAGAUUUCAAGCAUUGUCACAGCAUUACGGAGCAGUGGCUACCGCAUGACCCAAAAUACACCCAAGCAGUCAGAUAUUCUCAGGAACGUCAAUUCAUUCAUGCGGUUGAGGAAUUGGAGGGCUUAGUUGUUCGGCGUCUUUUUGAGUUAUCAAAGGCUAAUCUUGCCGGCACUGGCUACAAGAUGAGAAAGUAUAUCUCAAAGGCCAUCACACGAUGUUCGGCUGCCAUCCGAACGGCUUUGGAGAAGUACAAUAGACUCGCACCCUUACAAAAUCCACCACGUCCUGUGCUCGACUAUACUGAAAUCGUCGGUUACGCAUCCCUCGGUGAAUUUUCGGUUCUGAAACACUCACGCCACGAUAUCCUUACAAAACCAUGGACUGUGUCUGCUAAUCGCGAGAUGGCCGUGAGGUAUUUCAAAUUGGUGCGAUCACACGAAGAGAUUGUACAGCUCAACGUCGAGAUCAAACACUUACAUUGUUGGGUUGAGCACGAGGACAGGACCACGUUGGAAGCUAUUGAUUCACUCCUCACUGAUGACCCAGAUUCUCCAUUCAUAGCUGAGUUGAAGACAUUGUAUGCCAAGCACCACCGUGUCAACAACAACCAUCGCAAGCGACUCCAACAAAUUUACGCACUCGACAGAUACACAGGUGAUCGUCUUCCUACAGACCAGACAGUGACUGCAUCCAAUGGAGACAGAGAUGACGAGGGUAGCGUGAAUGGUCCUGAAGAUGAUGCUAUGAACGAGGAGGCCAUGAGACUUGAAGAUUUAGUAUCGCAUUCUUUGUAA